AGAAUUUGAACACACUUUGAAUAAUUAUUAUAGUAACUAGUUUAAUUAAAAUAAAAUAGAAAAUCAUGUCGGGAAAUAGAUGCGCAUUUAGGAAAUGUUCCAACAGUCAUGCAAAAGUUAAAGGAUUGAAAAUGUUCUCCUUUCCCCGGGAUACUGACACAGCAAACAUCUGGGUGAACAACUCAGGGAAUCCAGAACUGAUAGAAUUAUCACCAAAAUCACUUGGUAAAAAGGAGAUAUGCGAGCAGCAUUUCCAACAGCAGGAUAUUUUACCCAGUGGACGUCUCAUGAGAGGUGCCUUUCCGCAAGUCUUUUGUGGCUGUGACAGUGAUCCGGGCCCAUCCACAACCAUUCACUCAUCUAGUCCAGCUUCUCCUCAUUUCAACAUAACAUUGGCGUCACCAAAGAAAUAUCCAGCAAAAAAUCUGAGCUUCUACCAUCUCCAUCGGUGA